AUGGCUAGCAAGUCGUCAUCAUCGGCUCCAAAGAAAGGAAAGGCAGCGGGUGCCGACUCCAGUAACACUGCAACCGGGUUUACACCCGAAAGAUUCGAAAGGGAGCUGAAAGACUUAGCUGACAAGGCUAAAAGCGAUACCUUUAGCAAUCGUCUUCUGGAACAACUCAACAUUUAUAUUCGGAUACUCCUUCUUCUUGCCUUCCUUGGCAUCUACUCCUAUGUCUCUCAACUCAACCUUUCACCGGUCUAUGGAUCCAUACCAUCGUCAAUAUGGCAUGCAAAGCUUGUUAUGGGUGGCUGCUUUCUCGGGUGGGCAGCCAACACGUUUCUUCGCGAUUCACUUCCAAUCAAUCCCGUAAAAGCCCUUCCCAUCGUUGCGGUUUGCAUUCCAGGUCUGCAGCACUAUCUUGGAACCUUCAGCCAGACAUUUGGCCCGCAAUGGGGUCCCGUGGUCACAGAGGUGUUUACGUUACUUCCCCUGGCAAUAUUCACAUCUGCCUCGGUGGCUGAUUACUGGGAGGGGGCGAGAUUGAGCAUGCUGCCGAACUUUGUGUCCGACGCUGGACCAGGCAUCGGCUCUUGGGCCUUAUUCAAGCUCUUUGAAAGCCAGGCUGCUGUAUACUUGCCCCAAAUCAUUGGCAAGCUUCGUGUCCUCACAAGAUUGGGCUUUGAACUUAUUUUGGCAUUUGCUUAUAUGGCCUUCUCACCUUCCAAAUACCUGGUUUAUACGGCUUUCCCGUUCUUUCACACAUUUCUGCUGAAUACCCAUUUACAGUCUCCAGCAGCCACCCAGAGUCUAAUUAGCUCGAUGAUGACCGACGGCUGGUUGUUCAUCGAGAGACGUGAGUCGGUUACGGGCUACAUUUCAGUGGUACAGAGCAUACAGCAAGGGUUUCGGGUUAUGCGUUGUGACCAUAGCUUAUUGGGUGGAGAGUGGAUUGACCAUAGAGGAGGACCAGUGUCAGAACCUAUAUACGGUGUGUUUGCCAUGCUGGAAGCUGUCAGGUUGGCCGAAGCGGCUACGCCUGUGGCAGACCAGGACGCCAAGGCAUUGGUGAUCGGACUUGGGGUAGGAACCACUCCUUCCGCUCUCGUUUCUCAUGGCAUCAACACCACGGUCGUGGAGAUGGACCCUGUGGUGUACGAAUUUGCGACCAAGUACUUUGAUUUGAAAGAGAAUAAUCCACCUGUGUUGCAAGAUGCUGUGAGCUACACUGCUGAACUUGCUAAGACGGCGCCCGCGACAUACGAUUAUAUCGUUCACGAUGUAUUCACUGGUGGCGCCGAGCCGGUUGACCUCUUUACCCUGGAAUUCCUACAGGGACUACAUGCACUGCUGAAGCCCGACGGCGCGAUUGCCAUUAACUACGCGGGUGAUCUUGCUCUUCCCGCCCCCAAAAUCAUCUAUCGCACUAUCAAACAAGUCUUUCCUACAUGCCGUAUCUUUCGCGAAAUGCCCCCAGAUGCCGAGUCCAUCAAAACCAAGGGUAUGGACUUCACCAACAUGGUCAUCUUCUGCAAGAAGUCGGCCAGCAGCCCACUCACCUUCCGACGUCCCACGACAAAGGACUUUUUACAAAGCUCGGCCAGACAAGAAUUCUUGGACUUGCGGAAUGAAAUUCCUGAGCCGUCAAUGCUUAUUGGUGAGGAAGAGGGCAUUUUGACAAAGAAUGAUACAGAAAAAUUGGCCAAGUGGCAUGAGAAGAGUGCGUUAGGACAUUGGUCGCUGAUGAGGACCGCCAUUCCGGCAAAGGUAUGGGAAAGAUGGUGA